CCGUAUAAUCAAGGUUCCAGGACCCUAAUAAAUCUGUUACUUACCUCGAAAUCUAAUUACCCAGACUACUAAUUAGGUGAAAAUGAUGACUGGAAAUGACUUCCAAUGUGGAAGAAUAGUGGCUGAGCAGUUUUCGCAAGUUUGUCGAUUAGCAAGUUGGUGUUUUUCGAAGUUAAAUGCCUGGACAUAUUAGAUUCCCAGCAGCUGAAAAUGGGCCCGCCACGCCACAGCCGCCCACCCAGGACCCCGAAUCUGUCCGCCCCGGGCCAAGCGCGACCUGCCGGCUGGGUCCCCCAGCUCUGGGCCGACUUUGCGCCUCCGAGCCCGCUUAGCAUGAUGUCUUAUCUCAAGCAACCGCCUUACGCCGUCAACGGGCUGAGUCUGACCACCUCGGGCAUGGACUUGCUGCACCCCUCGGUGGGGUACCCGGCCACCCCCCGAAAACAGCGCCGCGAGAGGACGACGUUCACCCGGGCUCAGCUCGACGUGCUGGAAGCUCUCUUUGCUAAGACCCGGUACCCCGAUAUCUUCAUGAGGGAGGAGGUGGCGCUGAAAAUCAACUUGCCUGAAUCCAGGGUGCAGGUGUGGUUUAAGAACCGAAGGGCCAAAUGUCGGCAGCAGCAGCAACAGCAACAGAACGGAGGUCAAAACAAAGUUCGACCGGCCAAGAAGAAGACCUCUCCGGCUCGGGAAGUGAGUUCGGAGAGCGGAGCCAGCGGCCAGUUCACUCCCCCCUCUAGCACCUCAGUCCCGGCCAUUUCCAGCAGCAGUGCUCCAGUCUCUAUCUGGAGCCCCGCUUCAAUCUCCCCACUCUCAGAUCCCCUGUCCACCUCCUCUUCCUGCAUGCAGAGGUCAUACCCCAUGACCUACACCCAGGCUUCAGGGUAUAGCCAAGGCUAUGCCGGCUCAACUUCCUACUUCGGGGGCAUGGACUGCGGAUCUUACCUGACCCCCAUGCACCACCAGCUGCCAGGACCAGGGGCCACACUGAGCCCCAUGGGUGCCAAUGCCGUCACCAGCCACCUCAAUCAGUCCCCAGCUUCUCUUUCCACCCAGGGAUACGGAGCCUCAGGCUUGGGUUUUAACUCGACCACCGAGUGUUUGGAUUACAAGGACCAGACUGCUUCCUGGAAGCUAAACUUCAAUGCUGACUGCUUGGAUUAUAAAGAUCAGACGUCCUCGUGGAAAUUUCAGGUUUUGUGAAGACCUGUCGAACCUCUUUUUGUGGGUGAUUUUUCAAUAUACUGGGCUGGACAUUCCGGUUUUAGCCAGGCAUUGGUUCAAAGAAUUAGAUGCGAUGAAGCUCAGCCUCAUCUUCCGAUCCAUGAUCAAUGUUCCAGGAGAUCAAUGUAGCAGGAGCCAGGAAGGGCCUCCCAGGGCCUGCCACGAGCAACCUGAACCGGACAAGCCAAUCUACCUUAAGAUGCUGUCAUAGUGUUUUAGCUCAUUGGUUUUUCCCGACUUGCAAAGCGAUCACAAGCAUUCUAGCCACGUGCCACCAGACAACACCAAAAAGUAAAACUCAAUUGUGAGGAGAAAGGAGAGGACCCGGCCUUCUGAAACAGGUGUUUCCACGUUUUAGCCAAUCCUUGGUUGAACCUUAGGAAUGGACAGUUCUCGAGCUCACUCACGUUUCAUGACCAACUGGUAGUUGGCACUGAAAGAACUUUUCAGGGCUGUGUGAAUUGUGCGACUGAUUGUCCUAGAUGCACUACUUUAUUUAAAAGAAAUGUCCAUAAGGAGUCAAUAUGUAGUUUAAGAGACAAUCAGUGUGUGUCUUAUAUAAAUGGUACAUCUGUGGUUUUUAAUCUGUGCUAGACUUCAAAACUGUGAUCUCCUGUUUCUUGUAUGCAACCUUGAACUACACCUCUGCAGGAGUUCUGUGAUUAAAUAGGUUAUAAUUAUAAGCAAAAAUCAGAGCAACUGAGUACUUAGCUAAAAAAGCUUCCCCUUGACUGGAGGUGCCCUGCACUGAAACUUGACAACAAAAUGUUGCUGGAAGAGUGUGAGAGGAAAAACAAAAGGACAUUAUUUCAUCUGUGAUUUACUGUUGAUAAGCCUAGCAGUAAAGAGACUUUGGUCAAUUUAUAAACUGAGAUCAUUGUUGUUUAUGCUUGCAGAUGUUAACUGGAAAAGAUAUAUGCAUAAACCUUUUUUCUUCUGGAUUUGGCAGAUAUGUAUAAUUAUAUUAAAAUGGUUCUAGCACAA